GUGAGACGUCCUGUUUCACGGGGGUCUGCACGUUCGCGAGCGUAUCGUCAAUUUUACGAACUAACUGUGAAUGUGCGAAAGUGGUUCGAGCGUUAAAAAAAUUGGAUUGAUGUGGAUGUCCUAAAGUGUUAAACAACUUUUUAAAACAAAGUUAAAAAAAAAUGUUUAAAGUAGAUUAUUUCCACAAGAUGUAAGAAAAUCUCAAUACUUUCUGUAUUUAGUUCGUAAUGGAAUCAAAUUGCUUAUCCAAAACUUAAAACUUACAAAACUAUGUAGCAUGAAUUAGUUAUAAACAGAGUGUGGACAAAAAUAUUGAACUAUCACGCGUGUGCGAGUGUCAAUGAAAUGUGAUGGUGGUGGUAUACACAGUAUGAGCACGUGGAUGGCGCUCUUCGGGCUUGUGUGGCUGCUGCGUGUACGCGGAUCCCUAUGCGGGUGCACAGCAUGCAAGCGUGCUCGGCAGGAUACGCAAGACCAACACAGAGCACGCACAAGCACGUCCUGUCCCGACGAGCAAGUGAAAACCGAGCGCACGCCCAGUCCGCAGGAGCGCGCAGCGUUUGACGUCAUCACUCUACAACAAUACACGCGUGAUGCCACAGUCCAAACUGACUUUGAUGAUGAAGAGAUUGAGGAUUUGGACAAGAUAGAGCUGCAAAUCACGGAGGAAUCGCACGUGAGCAACUAUGACAGCGGGCGAGAACAAAAUAUGAUGCACAGUCCGGAGAGUGGGCAGGUCACAGCGAGCUUUCAGUAUCUAAUGCAUCACAGCACUUCAAAUCCAGAUGACGUUUGGGAAACAACAGAUGUUACUUUAGAAAGAGGAGCAAGCGGCCUUGGACUGAGCAUAGCGGGAAGCGAAAGCGGCGGUGACGUCAGCAUAACCAGGAUAGCGCCUAACGGGGCUGCGAAAAACGAUGGUCGUUUACAAACUGGAGAUAUUUUGCUUCAGGUCAACGACAUCUCCGUGGAAGGUGCCCCACAUUCUGUCGCCGUAGAUGCAUUGCAAAAGGCUGGAAAUAUGGUUAGAUUAAGAGUAAGAAGAGCUCGAAGACCAAUGGUUGUGACGCUCUGUCGAGGGGUGCGUGGACUAGGUUUAGGGAUUGCCGGCGGUGCAGACGACGCAGCUGGUGGAGACGGCAUCUUUAUAUCGCACAUUGCGGCGGGCGGCGCCGCCCAUCACGACGGCAGACUGAAGCUGGGCGAUAAAAUACUAGCCGUAAGCGAUGAACAUGGCGUAGAAACAUCUCUAAUAGGUGUAACCCACGCCACAGCGGUCUCUGCGCUGCGAAGUACAGGAGACCACGUAACACUUGUAGUUCUACCAGCUGCGGGUUCGAUUCCGCCGGUCGCACGAACCGCGCCGCUUUAUACCACGAGAACGCAAGCGACGUCAUGUUCCACACUGCAUGAUCUUGCGGAGGAGGAGCCGAGUAAAAUACCCAGAUGUGUACGGAUGGUGCGUCUGGUGCGUACGGGGUCGCGGCUAGGAAUGGACAUUGUAGGGGGAUUGGGAGGGGAGGCAGAUGGGACCAGUGGAGAGGAAGAUGACACUUGUGGUGUGUUCGUGUCCGGUGUGUCCGCUGAAGGGGCGGCGUACGGGUUGCUCCAUAGAGGCGAUCGAAUAUUGAGUGUUGAUGGCAGAGACCUCACUCGAGCGACACAUGAGCAAGCGGCAGCUGCUUUAAAGCAGUACUCGGGCAACUCUGUCACCGUCGCCGCCCAAUACCAGCCCGAGCAAUACGAGCGGCUGCGCGCGCGCAUCCGAGCGAUCAAUGCGGCGGCGGCCAUGUCACCACACACAAGCACACGCAUCGCCAUAAACAUACCCGUUCGUCCUGAUGUUCAUACAAUUUAUCCAAGAUAGCAGUGAUCCAGCUGUGAAAUAGAAUGUAAUAAAAUUUUAUAAGCGUAGUUAGUGGACAUACAAUGUGGAUUUUACAAAUUAAAUAAUAACGGUAUCUAUUUUACACUAUUUGUUAAAAUAACAAUACGUUUCAUGGUACACUGUAAAGUUUUACUGAUUAAAUAAAUUAUGUUUUCGUUGCAAUAAGAUUUUAAUGUUACCAACAUUAAUUAUAAAUUAUGUUUGUAUAAUUACUUUAUAUCAUUACUAUUAUUAAAGAAUGUAUGUAAGCCUGUAUCAGAAUGCUUGUCCUAUAUAAAAUAGUUUUGAUUCAAUUCAUGAUUCACAACACAAAACUGUUUAGCGAUGAGUGGGUCAACGAAGUUUGUAUUAAAAGUUCUAUAUUUAUACACUUACUAUUUAUAUAAUGCCUUCUUACCUAUACGAAAACAUAGUAAGUACUAUUAAAAAACAAAAAUCCCCAAUUUUCUCGAAAAUACAUAAACUUAAUUACUAUGCGAGAACUUCGCACUUUCUUAAAGUAUAAUAUUGAGCCAAAUGUGUAAUUGUGUUAGUUUUCGAUUCGUACUACAACUUAACUAUCAAUUUUUUUGUGCACUUGAAAACUUGGACAAAAAACCUUUCUUAUGAAAUCAUAUCACUGCACAUGUAGACAUUUUCCAUGCCUAAAAGCGAGUUUACAACAAUAAAAUAUGAGAAUCAAUAUUAUUUUCAUCCCUCAGGGUGCCUAGUACAGUGGUAAUUAUCGAGCAAGGGGCGUGACCGUAAUUUUUUUUAUUAAAACGAAUUCAAUGUCCUUGAAUUAUACGAAUAUGAUCCUCUAUUUGCCACAUUGGCAAUAGGUAAUCGUAGAGAUAAAAAAAAGAGUUAGGCGGCGGCCAAUCUUUGUCCUGCUUCCUCCCUUGCCAUUAGUUCUUCUUAUUUCACGGACUAGAUAUGCUUAGAAUUACUCAAGAAACAUCCGUGGUGAGGGUCAAAGAUUAAUCAAAAAAAAAAUAGGGUUUUCCAAAAAAUCCUCUACACUAGUAGAGGAUGUUACCUAACCUGUAGUACCUAAGUAUAAAAAACUUAGGUGCAUGUGCAAGCUUAUGUAUUAUACAAUAGAUCUAUUAAUUCCACCGCUUUAAAUAGACUCGCUUUUCAUCUAGCAUUUCUGUAACUGAGAGCAAUUUUGCAUUGUGUGUCCGACAUAGGCGUAGAGUGUUCAUUAAAAUAUGGCAGGAGAAAUAACGAACUCUCAACUGUGGUGGGAAAGGAAUAUUAUUGACGUUGGCUGACUAAGGGCAAAAACACAACAUGAAAUAAAUUUUAUACUCAGGAUAAAGUCGUAAGUUACUUUCAGAUAAUCAAACUUUUAUUACACCUAAUACUUAACCUAAGAAUAAUGAAGUUAUUUAUAGAGUAUAAUUCUAUUCCGCCGAUUUUGAAGGAAAAAUGGGCUUAUUCCUUGGAUAAAAUCAAAAUGACCUGAAAUUCGUAACCAUGGUAACGGUAGACAAGUAACAAGAUAAUUAAUAAUGACAUAGACAU